AUGCAUUGCUCAAUAUCUCUGACUGGUUUAAAUCUCUCAUUUUUCACUUCUUUCAUCUAUGCUUCCAAUUGUGCAAUUGAAAGACAGGCUCUCUGGAAUGAUAUUAUUUACCACUCAACUAUCUUUGCUUCCAAUCCCUGGCUAGUAUUGGGGGAUUUUAAUGUAAUUCCCAACAUAGGUGAAAAGUUUGGUGGCUCAAUGAAAGGAAGCUCUGUAAUGUCUGAUUUUAAGGGCUGCCUCCAAAAAGCUGGCUUGGAGGACCUCAAGUUCUGUGGGAUCUUAUAUUCUUGGUCAAAUAAAAGUAUAGGAGAUGCUUGUAUUGCCAAGAAACUGGACAGGGCCUUGAUCAACCAAAGCUGGACCAUCUCUUUCCCUGUGUCUGAAUGUAACUUCCUCACCCCAGGCAUCUCAGACCAUAGUCCUAUCCUGGUCACACUUGACAUCAACAAACCCCAAAGGCGUAUCCCAUUCAGGUUCUUUAAUGCUUGGGUCUCACACAAGCUUUUCUUACCAUCAGUUCAAAGGGUCUGGAGCUCUCACAUAAGGGGAACUGCAAUGUUCCAAGUGGUUCAGAAGCUCAAACAACUGAAACCAGUUUUAAGGUCCAUUUGUGGGAAAGAACUAUCUGAUUUGGAUUCCAAGAUCCAUGCUAUUCAACUUGAAUUACAGUCUUGUUAA